UUUUUUUUUUUCUCUUCACCGAAUCCUGGACAGGAGAGAAACUAAAGUGCUCGUCUCCUCCGCGUUCAAUCAUAAUAAAUAAUAAUAAUGGACCCGUGACAUUUGGACUACCCUUCCUCCUCCAUCCGUUUUAAUCGAUAUCCAAGACCGACAUGCAGCCCAGUAUCAUUUUCAUCAGCUUGUUUCUCACUGCAGCUCGAUCCCAAGAUAUCCAUCCCUUAAAGCCAUCAUCCUCGAUCAGCGAGUCUUGUGACUCCUUGUGCUCCUGUGAGGCGAAAGAUGGCAUCCUUCAUCUGAACUGCGAGCAGAGGAACAUCAGCAAAAUCUCCCAAAUCACAGUCCCGUCAGGUGUCCCCUUCCAUCUGAACCUUUACAAAAAUGACUUGGUCGAGCUCCGUGUCGAAGAAAUGGAGGGGCUUAAGAAUGCCCUUUCUCUGCACAUUGGAGGUAAUAGCAUACAAGAGCUGGAGCCAGGGGUCUUUAGCGCUCUUGGUUCACUGAAAAAGCUCCACAUAAAUAGCAAUUUUCUUGUCACGCUGAAAGAGGACACUUUUCAAGGCUUGGUGAAUUUAGAGUUUCUCCAGGCUGACACGAAUUUCAUUCGGGUCAUCGAACCGGGGGCCUUCAACAAACUGAUCCGACUCAAAGUCCUGAUUCUCAACGACAAUUCCAUUGAGUUUUUACCCAACAACAUUUUCCGCUUUGUGCCCCUCACGCACCUGGACCUGAGGGGCAACAAGCUCCAGACGCUGCCUUACGUGGGGUUUUUGGAGCACAUAGGGCGGAUAAUGGAGCUGCUCCUGGAGGACAAUGACUGGGUUUGUGACUGUGACAUUUUACAUUUGAAGAUCUGGAUGGAGAACAUGAGGGCGCAGUCCGUCAUCGGAGACGUGGUAUGCAGCUCGCCGACGCACCUUAAGGGGACCACUCUGGCUAAAGUGAAGCGGGAUGUUCUGUGCCCGUCCCACGCCGACAUUAACUUGGAGGAACCGUCAAAGUCACUGGAUAUGGUUGUUACUCAAAUUCCCAAGCUGAUCAAUGUGGAAAAUGACGCCAGGGUGCCGACUCCAUCUUACAACUCUGGCAGUCCCUGUGUGGAGCACUGCUCUUGUCACAAUCACCCCGUGGCCAAGUUUCUAAUGCACUGUCAGGACCGAGGAAUUCAAAAGGUAUCUGAUAUUGGAAUACUUCAAGAAAGCCCCACCAAACUAGUCAUGACAGGAAAUAUGAUUCAGAAACUCCUUAAAUACGAUUUUGUCACAUAUGACGGUUUGGAACUGCUCAACUUGGCGAACAACAGAAUCGAUUACAUCGACAAUGAAACUUUCCUCAGCCUGAGCAGUUUAAAGAGACUGUACUUGAAUGGCAACCGGAUAGAAAAGCUGUUCUCCACGAUGUUCGUGGGACUCCACAACCUUGAAUUUCUGUAUCUGGAGUAUAAUGUCAUCAAAGAGAUCGCCCCGGGCACGUUCAAUCCCCUGCCAAACCUCAAGCUGCUGUCAAUAAAUAACAACCUGCUGAGCUCUCUUCCAGCUCAGAUAUUCCGCAACGUGCCCCUCACCAAAUUAAACCUGAGAAAAAACUUGCUCAUGCACCUGCCAGUGAGCAACGUGCUCGAUCAGCUCGACUCGCUGGAGCAGAUCUAUUUAGAGGAGAACCCCUGGGACUGCAGCUGUGACUUGCUCAGCCUCAAACAAUGGCUGGAGAAGCUGAGGAAGGACACGGUGGUGGGCUCCGUUCUGUGUCACACUCCAAAGAAAGUGAUGCAGCUCGAGCUGAGAAGCCUGCAUCAUGAGACGCUUUGUCCCGGUUUAGGGACCUACCACCCAGUGCCUCAAGGCGGGGAAGAGAGCGUAACAGCCACAUUAGAGCCCAGCAACAAGAGCAUUUUCAUCUCGCUCACCGACACCAUCCCGCUCUCCGUGCUCAUAUUAAGCCUUCUCAUUUUCGUCCUCAUGAUUAUAUUUUGCUCGGCCGGAUUGGUGGUGUUCAUGGUGCAUCGGCGGCGGCGGAGGGCGAAGAAAAAAGCAGCAGAGGAGGCGCCUCGAGAAAACACCAGCAGUUCUCCCAUUCACUUACACUACAGCAUGUACGGGCAGAAAACCACACACCACACUGUGACGCAAAGAACCGGGCCCGCCACUUUGUACGACGACAGAUCCCACAGCCCCAUCGUGCAGAUCUGCCGCAACCCCACCUACUGCUCCCAGCACAAGGGCCACGACUCAAACCUGGAUUACAGCCUGGAAGAUCCCAGCGCCAAUCACCACCUCUUCCGGAGCCUCACGGAGAAGGAAAACACGUCGCCUCUAACCGGGAACCCCAGCUCAAAGUUCAGAACCAUACCCGAAGAGUGUCCCGCGGAGUUCGUCACUCUCGGGACGCCCAGCUCCUUGUACCGGAACAUUCUGGAGAGGGAGAAGGAGCUGCAACAGCAGCUCGGAAUAACGGAGUACUUCAGAAAAAACAUGCCCCAGCUCCAGCCCGCCGUCGACAUGCAGGUCCCCGGGCACCCGAAGGAGCUGAAGCUAAUGGAGACAAUAAUGUACACGCGACCGCGCAAGGUCAUGCUUGAGCAAACUAAGAACGAGUACUUUGAGCUUAAAGCUAACCUCCACACCGAGCCGGACUACUUGGAGGUGCUGGAACAUCAAACUGCAUUUAACUGAAGUAGUAAAGACUUUUAUCAUGUUCAAACCAAGUGCCUUACCCUGUUUGCCCUCUUGUACUUUCCACAGUGUGAAAUGUUGAAAUAUAUAAAAAAUAAAUGCAUACCGGGCACAUUUUUUAAAAUCGUA